CAGAGUAAAGAGGAGGGACAUGGAUGCAAAUUGAAGAAUUUGAUUUUCUGGGAAUGGAUAUUUUUAUCAGAGGAAAAACAAAGGAGAAGAAGAUAAAGGAUGCCGUUUGAGUCUAAAAGAAGGCUGGAAAAGGGAGGGAGGGAGAGAGAGUGAGAUGCUGAAUUCGGACCAUGUCAGAACAGAUUCUACAUCAGCGGCAUUCAGCCCUCCUGCAGGCAAGAGUCAGUGUGUGUGCGUAUGUGUGUAUGCAUGUGAGAACUAGCACAAAGUACGACCUCUGUAACACUAGGCUUUUGCCCAUGUGCCCCCAUAGUUGAGGACAGAGACACAUAGAGAUGGGACGGCAAAAAGUCAGUACUGUAUCCCUGUCAAAGCUAGAGAAAAAAAGGCAAAAAGACGAGAUGAGUGUGAUCUUGGGGUUGUGGGGUCAGUUGUAGUUAGUCUUUGGGAAAAAACCCUCUCUUCAUGGACUGUGGAAAAGAGUCGCCCAAGACAGUUUAUUUCACCAACAGGUCAGCCUGUCUGGAGACUCUCUCAAAUCCUUUUUUCUUGUGGCUCAGCUGGCUCUGCCUCUCACAAUCCAUCUCUUUUUCAUCAUUCUCUAUUAAAGUCUUGUCUUGUAUCUAUUGAAUCUAUUCUCUCAUUAAGAUCACUUCCCAUGUAACUGCCUCAUUCUUUCCAAUUCGCUCGCCUGAACUUCAGGAGAUUCUGGGAGAAGCUCAGAGGGAGAUUUCAGGCUGUCCCCAAAGCCAGACUAAGUCUGGGCACCCUGACCAGAUGGACUGGGGUGGGAGUGAGUGAAAGAGAGAGGGUUAGAAAGGGGGAGAGGAAAAAGGAAAAUAGCCUGGGGAUUUUGCCUGAGGGGUUAUAGAGUUGCCAGUGGGUAUGAAGACACAUACAGAAUUUUGGGUACCUUAGAGAGCAGUGUGUUUGUGCAUGAAUGUGAUUAUUCAAUCCUGAAAUUAAGUUUGCAUACAUUUGACAGGCUAUUAAAGUGGAAGCCGAAGCAGAGUUGGGAUUGUACACUUCAAUUAAACUUAGAGUUGUCCUACAGGUGCUACAACAGUACAUGACUUGAUUACUGGACUUUGAAUGCUAGAUUUGUAUUCAGGAAGUCAGUGUUGUGGCUUUCUCCGUGCUCCUGGAGCCCCAUGAGGGCCCCGGCCGUGGAGGCCUGGCUGGGAGAUGAAGCCGUCCCCCCUGCUGCUCUAGCAGCUCUGUGGGCCCUCAUGGCUCUGGAAGGCCGCUGUCUGCGCCCUGCCUCACCCACGCCGGGCCAACGCAGGGCCCAACGUCGCCGCACCCGACCCGGAGCACCACGAGACGAUCUGUCCCACCUCACCGCAGACCUCCUAGCGCGUACUCACCUUCACGGAUUGAGGCACGUCUGCACCCCGUCUAACUCUCUCAGCCGCCGGGCCUUUUGGAUGCUAGCCUUCUGUACUUGUCUGGGUCUCCUGUUGUCCUGGUCCUCGAAUCGGCUGCUUCACUGGCUGGCCUUCCCCACUCACACAAGAGUCCACACAGAGUGGGCGAGAGAACUCGCUUUUCCCACGGUUACCAUCUGCAACAAUAACCCAGUACGUUUGUAUCACCUCACUAAGAGCGAUCUAUACUUCGCGGGUCACUGGCUUGGACUGUUGCUGGCCAACCGCACAGCCAGACCCCUGGUGCUGGACCUGCUUCAAGAUGACAGUCAGGCAUGGUUUAGCAAGCUGUCAGAUUUCCGUCUUUUCCUGCCUCCACGGCGCUUUGAGGGCACCAGCUUGGAGUUCAUGGACCGACUGGGCCACCAGCUGGAGGAUAUGCUACUAGCCUGCAAGUACCGUGGAGAGCCCUGUGGAGCUCACAACUUCUCCACUGUGUUUACACGUUAUGGAAAAUGUUACAUGUUUAAUGCUGCCGAAGAGGGGAAGACUUUGAGGACUACAAUGAAAGGAGGAACGGGGAACGGCCUGGAGAUCAUGCUGGACAUCCAGCAGGAUGAAUACCUGCCUGUGUGGGGAGAAACAGAAGAGACCGCAUUUGAGGCAGGAGUGAGGGUGCAGAUCCACAGUCAGGCAGAGCCUCCCUUUGUACAUGAGCUGGGCUUCGGAGUCGCCCCAGGCUUUCAGACCUUCGUGGCUACCCAGGAGCAAAGACUGACAUACCUUCCUCCUCCGUGGGGUGAGUGUGUGUCCAGAGCCCUGGAUUCAGGCCUCUUUCAGGUGUACAGCGUGUCUGCCUGUCGCAUUGAGUGUGAGACACGCUACAUCGUAGAAAACUGCAACUGCAGAAUGGUCUACAUGCCAGGUGAUUCUCCGUACUGCACUCCUGAACAGUAUAAGGAUUGUGCUGAACCUGCUCUGGCUGCUCUGUCAGCUGUUGAAGGCACAAGCUGCAUCUGCAGGAGCCCCUGUAACAUGACUCGAUACAACAAAGAGCUUUCCAUGGUCAAGAUCCCCAGUAAAACCUCUGCUCGCUACCUGGAGAAGAAGUUCAACCGAUCAGAGAAGUACAUCACGGACAAUAUCCUAGUUCUGGAUGUGUUCUUUGAGGCUCUGAAUUAUGAGACCAUAGAGCAGAAGAAAGCAUACGAGGUGGCGGGUCUACUAGGUGAUAUUGGUGGUCAGAUGGGCUUGUUUAUUGGUGCAAGUAUCCUGACCAUACUGGAGCUUUUUGAUUAUGCAUAUGAGGUGGUGAAGGAGAGACUGCUGGACCUGCUGAACCGAGAGGAGGAGGAAGAGAGUCGUGGAGAGGAUGUGAGUACCUGUGAUCCGGUGGUAAACCACUCAGAAUCGAUUAGCCACACGGUCAGCGUUCCCCUCCAGACCACCCUGGGCACCCUAGAGGAGAUUGCCUGCUGAGCACCGUAACCCCUCCACAGCAACAGAGGGAGCCGGGCCACUCCACUCCAAUGGGUGAAGGACAGAAUAAAACGAGGGAAAAGUCUCUGUUGCUUUUUCUCAACAUGUCAUCAUUUGGCACAAACAUGAGAACUAGAAGCCAAUGAGUUUCUCGAGGAACAUGAGGACCAAACACCAUCUGUUUGUUCUGGACUCAUGAAGGAAAGCAGAAGCUUGUGAACCUGUCGGGACAGUCACUUGUAAAAAUAAGACAAACAUGAAAACACGAGCAUGUGAGGAACUGCAGAUGCGCACAGCCUCGGCAUGUUCUCGCGUUCUCUCUUUCUCUCUCUGCCAAGACGCCAUUUGGAAGUCUACUGCCAAAACACUGUAAAUUAUUAACAGAGAAAAUGUUGCGAAGCUGUUCUAACUGUGCAUGUGUCAGUUUCAUGCGUUACAAUACAGUUUCCUCAAACUUUUCAUCCUCUCUCAUGUGUGGAGACAAUUUUUUCUUCUUGUGCUGUUUGUUUGCUAUGUGGCUUCUUGAUGUAUCAGGGAUGCUUCAUAAAACUGAGAACCCAUUUCUUCUUUCCUUUUUAUUUUUCUAUCCUUCAUAGAAAAGCCAAAUGGGUCACGGUACAAUGGCAGCCAUUAUGAGCCCAUUGUGUAUGUGAAUGGCUCUUCUACAUGCUUUCUGGAUCCCAUUUGAAAAAUGAAGAACAAAGAGAGUACAGAAAAUAAGUGUUUUUGUUGCAUAAGAAUAUAGUGAUGCAACUAGUGGUGUUCAUUUUGUUUGUCAUUUUGAGGUGUUCAUUUGUCAUUUAAAGCUGGUAUUAGAAAGCUGAUAUGAUCUUUCAUGCUUUUAAUUCAGAGUUGAGGGAUACAUCAGCACUUUUCAGAGAAUCAUAAUUCCACUUUCCCAACUAUCAUAAGUGGGAUACGUUUAAACAUAUAAAGGAUUUAGAGGAGUUUAUGGUGGUUUAUUAUGUGAGUGGUCGCUGCACUGUUGUCUAUGUCUUAUCUCAUCUCCUCAUUUCAGAGCUCUUCAUCUAUGCUGGGGUUAAUUAAUGCUGUAAUUGUCAUAUGUUGUCUGAUAUUUACUAUGUUCCCACAAUGUUGUUUGAUGAUGGAUGAUAUACAGCUCAAAGCUGUGAUUAUGUUCCUUUUUGCUCUCAAACUAAAUAUGAGGUUCUCGUAUCACUAUAACAUCAGUAUGAAUGAAACCUGUACAACAUGUACAGUGUUUCAGCCUAAAUUCAUUAACUGAUGCCAAAUCAUUUGUGCUGAAAAUAAUGAAAGAAGGGUCAGUUCUGGGUGAUGAGAGUGAGCUUGAUUGCAUUUCUCAAUUUAACACCCUUCGAUAUUCAAUUUAAGAAUAUUGACCGGCACAAAAUUCACUCACAACAUGAAAAGCAAGAAUCAGAGCUUGUGUAUUAAAAUAGUAGGUGACACUUUUGAACAAAUUGUUCUGGGACACGAAGGCCGCUGGUGACAAGUAACACCAGAAAUUUGUUGCAAAGCUCCUAGAAUCUACAUAUAAAAAAAGGUAUUUAAUCUGGUUUAAUAAGCCCAGGCUUUCACAUGUGUCCUAGGGCCCCUUUGUCAAAUCAGAUUUGAGCUUAGAGGCAGUAUGCAAAUAUCUUUUAUAAAUAUUCAAGCUCAGAGAUUUUUCUUAGAGGAUUGUUAGUAGUUAUUAUUUUCAUGCCCCCUUCUGGAGCAACAGUAUUAAGAGGCGUGAUUUGCGCCUAUGUCAUAAUGCGGAAUUUAUUAAACAAUAACAUUAAGAGUGAAAACAUUAUAAUUUCGCCACAAGGAAUAGAAUAAUGAAUGUGUGCUAUGGAUUGUUUGUGGCAUGUGAGAGAGCCAUGUGAUUGUGUUAAUACAGACACAUGUUUCUUAAUGUGUGUUAUAUUUUAUUCUAUAAAUAUAGUAGGUUAAAAAAAAAUGCAAAUAUCCAGUCUGAACACUUUUCUGAUUUGCAAAGUAUCUGUGACUGAAUGUAAAUGGUUUUAGUUGUUUUAUUUGCAAUUCAAUUUGAUAAUCAAAUGUAAUGGGCUGUAGAGGAUGAAUGUCUUAUCCUUAUUUGCCCUAAAAUGUGAUGAUUUAUUCUAAAUAUGUCAAAGAUCAAGCUGUAAACCUUUAGGUUUCAAGCACACGCAGAGAAAAAAAAAAUCGAACAUGUACACAAACGCAGAAACCCACAGCAUCUGUCCAUACACAACAGUAAACAAAGAAUUUACUCAUAAUGUUAAACAGUAAUUUUAGUAAACUCUUUCUUGCCAUGUGGACAAACACCAAAGGGGUGUCACAUCACCUUUGCUAUUUUCUCAUUAGGAGAAACCUGAGGGGUUGAUGGUUUCUAUCUCCAAUGUAUAAUUGCUCCAGUACCUCAGACCUUAGAGAUGAAAACAAUAAAGGCUAAAUGGAUUACA